AUGCCACCAAAAAAGAAACCAGUGACAGCAUCAAAUGCAGUUACACAGUCAUCAUCAGCAACAACAGCAAUACCAACCACUAUAAAUAUACCAGUUGCAGCAACAGCUGUUGUUGCACAAAAAAAGAUUCAAUGGUGUUGGGCAGGUGAUUCGGGAGUUGGAGCUUCCCAAGAUAUUUUAGUAGAAUAUGAUAGUAAAUUAAAUUCAGAGAUCGAAUCUCAAUAUCAAAUGCAUCUUUUGAAACCAAAAGUUUUAAAAUAUUUAAGAUUCAAACUUGAUAAAGAAAGAUAUAUAGAUUUUAAAAAAAUGGUUCAAACAAGAUAUGAUGAUUUAAAUAAAAUGAGAACUGUUGAAAGACAAGAAAUUAUACCAGGAUCAACAUUACCACCACCAACUACAAAUGCAACAUCAAAAAGAAGAAGAAAAAUAAUAAGUAGUGAUGAUAGUGAUACAGAUAGUGAGAAUAGUGAUAGUAGUAGUGAUAGUAGUGAUAGUGAUGUUAGUGAUGAUAGUGAUGAUGAUGAAGAUGAUGAAGAUUAUAUAGCAAGAUGGUUUUGGGCAGGUGAUUCAGGUGGUGGACCAAGCAAAGGUGGUGGUCAUCAAGAUGUUUGGGUAGAGUAUGACGAUAUGAAUAUGCGUAAGAAAUUAGAGAAAGCAUUUUCAAUUGGUAAAAAGAAAUUAAAGGUUGAUAAAGAACGUUUUGUUGAUUUCCAAAAUAUGUUACAAAGAAGGUAUGAUGAUGAAUCCAAGAGAAGAAAUUUAAAGAGAGAAGAUCCAUUAAAAGUUAGACCAGCGAAAAAAUUAACAAAAUCACAACAGAUUUCGAAUGCUGCAACUGCUGCGAAUGCUAUGGCCGCUUCUCAUGCCACUACUACUACUGCAACACCCACAACUACUACCACCACAUCAACUGCACCAGUAACAAGAUCAAGUAGUAAAGGUCAAAUGAUAGCAAGUAAUGGUGCAACAAUAUCAACAACUCAAAAACCAACAUUAACAUCAACAAUGAGUACAAUUUCAAUUUCAAGUAUUAUAAAAUGCCCAAAUACAUGGACAGAUGUAGACUCAAUGAAUUAUAAAGAGGUUGAUGUGAAACCACAUGAGAAUGAGUUCCAAUGGAUGAGUAAAUUAUUUAGUCAAACCAUUUCAAGUAAUCAUAAAGGUAUGGGUACAUUAUCACCAAUUGUUUUCAAUGAUUUAAAGGUUACCCGUGUUGUUAGAGUGCAAAAUCCAAUGUUAUGGGUUAGUUAUCAUGCAAGAAAACAAAAGAUUCUCGAUGAUAACAAUGGGUCAUGUCCACCAAUUCAUAGUGUUAUCACCAAUAUUCCUGGUAGUCCGGAAUUGGAUAAGAAAGCCAAUGAAUUAUUCUUAUUCCAUGGUUUAAACGUUUCAUCAGUUGCUGGUAUUGCAAAGUUUGGUUUCGAUCCAAGAUUUUGCUCUUUGGAUGGUAUGUUUGGUGCUGGGCUUUACUUUGCAGAGAAUUCAUCAAAAUCAAAUCAAUAUUGUCAUGGAGGUGCUUGUACUUGUAGUGGUUUCCAAGCUACCUCUUGUAAAUGUAAACCAAGUGAUGAAGUUUGUUUAUUGGUUUGUCGUGUGGUUAUGGGUGAUUGCUUGGUUGAAAAUGUUUUCCGUGGUAAUGGUCCUGGUCAAUUUUGGAAUGGUCGUAGAACUGAACCAAAGAAACCAAAUAAUAUCAAUAUUUACAAUAGUGUCAUUGGUGAAUCAAAACCAAAUUAUGGUCCAAAAGCUGCUUUACAACUUCGUGAAUAUAUUGUUUAUGAAUCAAGUCAAGUAUUUGUUGAAUAUAAGGUUUAUUUUAAAAGAGUUAAAUAA